GGGCUCGGCCUCUACGCAAUGGAAAGGGGGCGCGCCCGACUUAAAGCGGCGCGCUGUCCAGUGUUGGAUGUGUCGCAGAUUUUUAAAAAGUGAGAGAGGAGCACCAGCAGGAGUUUGGAUCGAGCGCACACGGCGCCACUUCACGGCGCGAGCGCGCGCACACAGGACACUUUUAACGGCUUUUACCGUAUUUUUUUUUUUUUUAAUUCCACCACCUCGACACAAACAGGGGAGACCCAGUUUGGGAGUGCGUGCAGAUGGAGCUGUCUUCAAUCGGAGACCAGGUGUUCGCGGUGGAGUCCAUCACCAAAAAGAGAGUCAGGAAGGGUAAUGUGGAGUAUCUUCUAAAAUGGCAGGGUUGGCCCCCAAAGUACAGUACUUGGGAACCAGAGGACAAUAUUUUGGACCCUCGUCUGGUCCUGGCCUAUGAAGAGCAUCAGGAGAAGAUCAGAGCACUGGCCUAUCGGCGGAAAGGUCUCCGACCCAGGAGGCUGGUCCUGCGGAACAUCUUUGCAAUGGAUCUCCGCAGUGCACACAAGAUCCCGGACAAGCCCCCGUCCCGGCUGCGUCUCUCCCUCACCCGUUCCAUGAGCACCGAUGUAGACCACGGCGAGAGGUGCAGCAUGUUUCGCCGGCCAGUGAGGAGGAGGAGCAAGCAGAGUGUGUCCAAACUGGGGCCCGAAGGACCCUCAAACAAUCAUCUGAGGGCCAGGAAGAAGGAGGAGCCUAUGGAGGAUGAUUGGGGCCGCACCAGCGAUGAAGAGAAGCAGGAGUCAGAAAACACCUUAGAGAGACAUGAAGACAGUUUAGAUGGUCAGUCAGAGUGCAGCUCCCAUCCCGCCCUCGAGCGACACGACUUGGAGAUUGAUGUGGAUGAGAAGCUGGACGCCAGCCCAAUUGGAGGGGGUGGGACAUCCGGUGUGGAAAUAUGGCAGAUUUCUGCGGCUGUCGCAUCAGAUGAAGGGACUUCUGAAACUGAAAGGAGCCAAAUAAUAACGUCUGAGCAGUCGGACGGCCUGGGAGGUGGCAGGUUUGUUUUGGGGAGCCCCUGUGAGGUCAAGGAGUUAGAGAUGUCUAGGUUAGAGAGUGAUGUCUGUCAGAGUGAGAGCAGGAGCGACACCCCAGCCUCAGCCCCAGCCAGCAUUCAGAGGACCAACGAGGUGACGGGUGAUGCGUUCACUGUCUGCUCUCCUGCAGAAGCAACACAUGAAGAAGGUGACAAUCAGAGCACGAUAACGUCUGAGCGGUCGGACGGCCCGGGAGGUGGCAGGUUUGAUUUGGGGAGUCCCUGUGAGGUUAAGGAGUUAGAGACGUCUAGGUUGUGUCCCAGGUUAGAGAGUGAUGUCUGUCAGAGUGAGAGCAGGAGCGACGACGCAGCCCCAGCCCCAGCCAGCACUCAGAGGACAAAUGAGGUGACGGUUGAUGCGUUCGCUGUCUGCUCUCCUGAGGAUACAAGAAGUGAAGAAGGUGACAAUCAGAGUGUCGCCACCAUGCUGGCACAUGCUGGCAGUCAGACGGCUCCUGCUGAAGCAGAGGCUCCUGGGAAGGUGAUUGUGACAGAAGUGACUAUUAACUCCCUGACAGUGACUUUUAAAGAAGCAACUGUGGCUGAAGGCUUCUUUAAGGGCUGCUGAACGCUACCUGGGAUGGAAAAUAACCACAAUUACACUUGCCACUCAUUCUGUCCAUGUAAAUAGUUAUAUGUGAGAUAAAAACACGGUUACGGAUCUACACUCAUUUCCUACUGAGUUCAGUGAAGACAUUAUUGCCUUUGAGUAUAGUCAGUGAGUGGUACUUUUAUCAUUGUGGUUCAUUUUGUACUGUAAAGUGCAAGUUGGCAAACGAAUUUUCCCCAAAAUGUGCUUAAAUCACUUUUAAUCCAUUGCGGUCCGGUGAACAUAACUGUAGUGGUGG